AUGUCCACGAAGAAGACUAAGAUAAGCACGAUUAGGCGUCUACGAAGCAGUAGCUUGACAAUACGAAACGUUCUUCACAAAAGAUCCAUGUCUACUUCGGCCGUGGGCUCGCAAUCCUCUCCUCCUUACUUUAGGAGUCAUAGAAUUUCUGUUUCCGACACCUCUCCACUCGCCAGCUCUGCAAUUAUCGGCAAUCGACCAAAAACACGUUCACUUCCAACCGACUGUCUUUUCGAAAUAUUUCGAACAUUUCAGUGCGAUUAUCCCACGCUCUUUAAUUGUUUGCUAGUAUGUCGUUCGUGGGCACAUGCAGCGGUUGCAUUCUAUUGGAGAAUGCCAUUAGAACAUUUAAAAGAGACAUUGGUAAUCGAUAAUUUCUUAAAGUGUCUGAAUGAUGAAGAACUUUGUCGUUUUAGGAAAGACGUUGAAUGGGUUGAUGAAAGACAGCCAGCGUUUAAAUACACUGAGCAUUUGAGGGCAUUGAGUUUGGGUGAAUUGUUUAAUGCUGUGCAAAAAUGGGUUGACAGAAUUCAACAAGAUCCGACACUUGCACAAGAAUUAAGCUUGCGAGCAUGGAGAAUUAUAGUAAGCCAUGUCAUGCUCAUCUCUGGUAUCCAGUCACUCUCGUUUGACUGGGGCGACAAGGAAAUAUGGAGAGAAUACCCUGAUUUAUUGCGCUCACUUCCUUCAGAAAGAUCACCCUUUUCGUCUUUACAAAAGCUGUCUUUACACUACAUAACCGAUUUCACGAUAUUUGCUCAUCUCUCCCAAUCAGCCACAAAUAUAGAAGAAUUAGAAAUUAUAGACUAUGCCUUUUCCCCUCCGCCAAAUUACAUCGAAGAGCAAUAUUUGUCUUCGUUUAUAAAGUCGCAGACGAAUCUAAAGCGGUUUAAACUGUUCGGACAUGGAUGCACGCCCCGGAAGGCCAUUACAUGUUUGCCAAGUCAAUACCGAACGCUUACUUCCCUCGAACUAAUCUAUAUCGAUUUCAAUGGAAGUGAUGAUAUGCUCGGCCCCAUUCGAUGGGAUGGUAUAGCCAAGUGUGUCAAUCUUCAGCAAUUGAUUAUCCGAUACUGCAGCUCAGCAACGAUGGACGAACACUUGUAUCCCCUUGCGCAUGCUCGAUUUCCGUUGCUCAGAAAAAUUUAUAUCGAAGAGUCGACGUAUAAUUGGGACGAAUUAGUGAUUAGUCUUAUCGAAACGAAUCCAACAAAUCUCCGCGAAGUGUUUUUCAAGCCGAUCGAGAACAGUCGGCAAGAUGGCAACGCAGACAAUAACAACAGCAGUAGCUAUGUUGAUGUACAUUCUACAAAGAUAAUCGAGACUGUUGCACGAUAUUGUCCUGAUAUUGUUCUCCUCGGUGCACCCAUUGCUCGAUCUCAGAUACAACAUUUGGCAGCUAUCUUUAAACAAUCUACCUGCCAGUUGAGGAGUCUCAGUUUAUUUAAAUCAACGCAGCGUACGGGAGUGCAGAUUAAAGAUUCAUGGCCCGAACUCGGGUUUUUAAUGCCAAGCAGUAUGCAACACCUGAACGUUUGUAUCGAGAUGCCUGAUGAGGUCAUGCAACAAUUCUUGCAGAGCACUCGCGCUAAAUUGGAGACAUUAUGGUUCGAUUCAUGGAUCGUUUGUUAUGGGUAUCAGUGUCUUAUCGUUCACGAUUAUCUGAGGCAACAACAUAAAGACCUUGGGUUGAAGCAAAGCGUAAGGCAGUUCUUGAGAUACGUUGUUUGA